GCUUUUUACGAUUGCGCACUGCGCAGAUCACCUGCAGGAAAACAUUUUUUUCGUCGGUAAAAAUGUGAAAAUCUGGCAACGAUUUUGAUUGAUUGCUCCUAAAUCAUCCUGCACAAAGCUAUCCUGACUGUGAAUUUUACUCCUGUUUAUUUCCAUCUGUAUGAUUAUCGCUGGCAGUACCAGCUGAAGCAUGUGAAUCGUACCUGAAAAACUUACGAAAAUAAUCUGACUAUUGCAUUUGCGUGCUUCGACUACAUCGCUUGUGUGUACUUAUUGCAGCAACCUUUGGCAGCUAAUUUUAAUUUCCCCAGUUUCCCUCCCAAAUCGUGCAGACCAUGAUCAGGAUGCGUGUCUUGCUCAGUCCCUCCGCUCGUCCCCUGCUCAAACACUGUUUUGGCGUUCCAACCUCAUCCAAUGGAUACUUCGCCUUGCCUAGCGUGUUCUUCAGCACGAAACCCGCGCAUCCCAUCGGGGACACCCGCAUCUAUCCCAGCGCGGCCGCCGCGGUGCAGGACAUUCCCAACGGAGCGAAACUGCUGGUGGGCGGCUUCGGGUUGUGCGGGAUCCCCGAAAACCUCAUCGCGGCGCUGGUUAAGCAGGGGGUGAAGGAUCUGACGGUGGUGAGCAACAACUGCGGUGUGGAUGAUUUCUGGCUGGGACUGCUGCUGCAGACUAAGCAGAUCAAGCGGAUGAUUUCGUCAUAUGUCGGGGAGAAUAAGGAGUUCGAGCGGCAGUAUCUCAGUGGGGAACUGGAAGUGGAGUUAACUCCUCAGGGCACACUGGCUGAGCGCAUCCGCGCGGGCGGUGCCGGCAUCCCGGCCUUCUACACGCCCACCGCCGUGGGCACCCUGGUGCACGAGGGCGGCGCCCCCAUCAAGUACGGGCCCAACAACAAGAUCGACAUCGCCAGCCGGACCCGCGAAUCCAAAAUGUUCAAUAACCGCGAGUACAUCCUGGAGGAGGCCAUCACCGGCGACUUCUCCCUGGUCAAGGCGUACAAGGCCGACAAACUAGGCAAUCUGGUCUUCCGCAAGACGGCCCGCAACUUCAAUCCGCCCAUCUGCAAAGCCAGCCGCAUCACCAUCGCCGAGGUGGAGGAGAUUGUGGAGGUGGGCGAGCUGGAUCCGGAGCAGAUCCAUGUGCCGGGCAUCCACGUGCACCGGCUGGUGCAGGGCGAAAAGUAUGAGAAGCGGAUUGAGCGUAUGACGCUGAAGAAGGCGGACGAAGGGAAGGGAGGAGAUGAUUUGGAUGCCAUUAUGAGGGAGAGGAUUAUCCGCCGCGCGGCCAAGGAGUUCAAGGACGGGAUGUAUGCCAAUCUGGGCAUCGGGAUCCCCAUGUUGGCUAGCAACCAUAUUCCCCAAGGGAUGAAAGUCCAUCUGCAGAGUGAAAACGGAAUUCUGGGUCUGGGUGAAUAUCCCACCAAGGAGCAAGUGGACGCCGAUCUGAUCAACGCCGGCAAGCAGACGGUGACGGUGCUGCCCGGCGCCAGUUAUUUUAGCAGCGAUGAAUCCUUCGCGAUGAUCCGCGGUGGGCACAUUCACUUGACGAUGCUGGGCGCCCUGCAGGUGUCGAAGCGCGGCGAUCUGGCCAACUGGAUGAUCCCCGGGAAGAUGGUCAAGGGGAUGGGCGGCGCUAUGGAUCUCGUGUCGGCCAGUGCAGCCGGAACAAAGGUGGUGGUCGUGAUGGAGCACACAACGAAGAAGAACGAUCCCAAGAUCCUCAACGAGUGCACACUGCCGCUGACCGGUAAAGGUGUCGUGGAUAUGAUCAUCACGGAGAAGUGCGUCUUUGUCGUGGACAAGGCCAAUGGAACACUGCGCCUGACGGAAUUGGCGGAAGGAGUGGCGGUCGCCGAUGUGAUCGGCACGACGGGCUGUGAAUUCGAAGUGGAUGCCAAUGUGAAAACCAUGUAGGAAAAUCCGGGGGAAAUGGAUUUAUUUAUUUUUCUGGGAACGGGGUGUCCGGUGAUAUUUGGCAGGCGGUGGAGGUUGUUUUUUAUUGGGAUUGGGUUUUAUCGUCUUAUCUGUAUGACCGUAUCUGACCGCGGCAGUGGAUUAUUUAAGGAUGAAUGCUUUUUCGCGGCGAUAAUUUGAGCAGUUGUUUUAUGCUGGCAUAAUGGAAAUAAAUUUGAUAGAAAGACGGACCCGACGUGCUAAUUAGAGAUUGAUGCAUGUACGAGUACAAAAAGAGCAUAAAACAUAUUCAAAAAAGCUCUGUUUUUAUUUCAAAUGCAGUUAUGACAGUACGCGCUGUUAUAAUUAUUGAACGUAUUAAUUUUACUUCUGUUCCAUAUGAUGCACUGUAUGAAAGAAUUUCUAAUAAAU